AUCCUGACCUCUCUAUCAUGAAAUCUCUAUAAAUGCAGACCAUCUUCUCUUGCAGAGAGCAUCAGCAUAUAAAUACAGAAUCGUUUGAGAGAGCAAUAUAAUAGCAGAACAAAUCGAAAAUCAAGAAUCAAGAAUCAAGAAAAUGGGUGCUCAGUCAUUUGCCGGAAAACCUCACGCAGUAUGCAUUCCAUACCCAGCACAAGGCCAUAUCAACCCAAUGCUAAAGCUAGCCAAACUUCUCCACCACAAAGGCUUCCACAUCUCCUUCGUCAACACAGAAUACAAUCACCGACGCCUCCUCAAAUCCAGAGGCCCUGAUUCUCUCAACGGCCUCCCUUCCUUCCACUUUCACACUAUUCCCGACGGUCUUCCUCCCACCGAUACCGACGCCACCCAAGAUAUACCUUCGCUUUGCGUCUCCACCAAGACAACUUGUUUGCCUCACUUCAAGAGCCUCCUUUCGAAGCUUAAUGAUGCCGCUUCUAAUGUUCCUCCGGUUUCUUGCGUCAUUUCUGAUGGAGCCAUGACCUUCACUCUUGAUGCUGCUCAGGAAUUGGGUGUUCCUGAAGUUCUGUUUUGGACUACUAGCGCUUCUGGCUUUCUUGCUUAUCUUCACUAUCACCACCUCAUUCAAAAGGGUUUUACCCCAUUCAAAGAUGAGAGUUUCUUCACAAAUGGUUAUCUGGAUACUGUAAUUGACUGGAUACCAGGCAUGAUCAAGGAUAUCCGAUUGAAAGAUUUUCCAAGUUUUCUCAGAACAACAGAUCCUGAAGACAAAAUGCUUAAAUUUAUAGUUUCAGAAACCGAACGAGCUCAAAAGGCCUCUGCUAUUAUCUUAAAUACAUUUGAUACGUUAGAACAUAACGCUUUAUCUGCACUUUCUUCACUAUUACCACCUGUUUACCCCAUUGGCCCUCUCCAACAUCUACUCAACAAUGUCCAAGAUGAUGAAUUGAAGACGAUCGGGUCAAAUCUCUGGAAAGAAGAAUCGGGUUGUAUCGAAUGGCUAGACUCAAAAGAAUCAAACUCUGUCGUUUAUGUUAAUUUCGGAAGCAUUACUGUGAUGACGAGUGAUCAACUGGUAGAGUUUGCUUGGGGACUUGCUAAUAGCAACAAAACAUUUUUAUGGGUAAUUAGGCCUGAUCUUGUAGCCGGAGACACAGCGGUUCUUCCACAGGAGUUUAUAAGGGUGACAAAAGAAAGAGGUCUUUUAGCAAGCUGGUGUCCGCAAGAACAAGUGCUGAACCACCCGUCGAUCGGAGGGUUUUUGACGCAUAGCGGUUGGAAUUCUACGCUUGAAAGUAUUUGCAGCGGUGUGCCGAUGAUAUGUUGGCCUUUUUUCGCAGAGCAACAGACGAAUUGCAGAUAUAGCUGUAGUGAAUGGGGGAUUGGUAUGGAGAUUAAUAGUGAUGUGAAGAGAAAUGAAGUUGAGAGCCUUGUUGUAGAAUUAAUGGAUGGUGAUAAAGGGAAAGAAAUGAAGAAAAAAGCUAUGGAAUGGAAGAAAUUGGCUGAAGAAGCUGCUGCUGGUAAUAUUGAUGAGUCUUCUUAUCAGAAUUUGGAUAAUUUGAUUAAUCAGAUACUCUUGUCCUCGAAAGAUUCAAAUUAACUGAUACUACAAAUUUGGCUCUGUCUCAAGUGUUUUUUUAAUUGCAAUGGGCUAUCGACCUGGGGAGAAUCGAGACUGAAUCUCUUGCAUGAAAUAAUAAUAAUAGUAAUUUUUCUUUCAUUAUUUUGUUUUUCUUUCUUUGAUCAUCACGUUAAUUUUUAUAUUCUUCAAGUUUUUGUAAGUUGUUUGUACUUUGUAUUGUCUUGUUUACAUAGAAAGGUCUAGCUGUAUUACUACUUGCCGAUAAUUGCUUCAAUAAAUGAGUUUGGUCAAUUUUGAUGAUAA